GCUUACCAUAGUAACUAAGUUAACUUAGUAGUAAGUUAGUUGGUCAAACUUCAGAUUAAGCUUUGGAGCGGGCACAGGAAGUGGGGCUACCUACCCCAGAAUUGAACUGAAGAAAUAUCACAGCAUUUGAGCUGAGCUCAAAAAUUGGCCGAACUUCGCAAUCCACCAUCUCUCCCUCCCAACAAUUGCCUUCCACAACAUCAUCCUAUUGUAUUUAUCAAGGUAUAUACUAUCUUGGAAACGAUCCAAUUGUCUCGUCUUUAACCAUCACACUACUUCUUGCUACAAGAACAUCGCCGUUUAGCUUGUCACUUCCCCUCAUCAACCCAGGAUGGAUAUCGACCAACCCCAACCAACCGUAUUUUACGAAGAGCUUAGUGAGCUUGAACAUGAAUUCGAUGUCGCAGAUCUCGAGAUAAUUCGCAAGCAAUGGGAGCUCAACGCGCCCCUAUACGCCAAGCGCGAAGCCCUCAUCUCCAAGAUCCCCAACUUCUGGGCCCUCGUCUUCGAGCAAUCGCCCCCCGAAUUCGACCAGUUCAUCCAGCCCUCCGACUCCGAACUCUUCGCCGACUGCCUCCGCUCUCUCGCCGUCGACCGCUUCGAGCUUGCCGACUCCCCCCGCAGCAUCAGCGUCAAGUUCACCUUCGCCCCGAACCAGUGGUUCGACGAUGAGGUGCUUGAGAAGAAGUUCUGGUUCCGCCGCGCUCGCGACGGAUGGACCGGCCUCGUCUCCGAACCCGUUAAGAUCCACUGGAAGAAAGGGAAGGACCUUACCAAGGGGCUGACGGACGCUGCGGCGCAGGUGUUCGAGCGCGAGCGCAACCUGCUGGGCUCCUCGAACGGGGCGGGCGACGCGCCGCGCGAACCGUCGGCGGACUACGUGACGCUCGCGAAGAAACUGGAGUCAAACGAGGAUGGAAUCGGGAGCUUCUUCACGUUCUUCGGGUUCGUGUCGGAGAAGCAGUACGUGAGCGCGGAGGAGUCGGCGGCGGCGAAUCGGGCGGAGGAUGACCGGAGGAAGGCGAGGAAGGAGGAGGGGAAGGGCGAGGAGGAGCCGGAGGAGGAUCUGGAGGAUACGCGGCAGGAUGUGGAGAUUUGCCCGCAUGGAGGCGACAUCGCGGCCCUCCUUGCCGAGGAUAUCUGGGCGAAUGCGGUCAAGUACUUCACUUCAGCGCAGGAAAUGGACGACGAAGAGCUGUCGGAUAUGGAAUUCGAGGAGGGAGAUUGGGACGUGAGCGACGAAGAAAUCGACAUUCGCGCGUUGGUCAAGGGCAAAAGGAAGGAGAAGAACGGCACUCCCGAGAGCGGCCCUCCUUCGAAGACCCAGAAGAGAUAAUCCCUCGUUCUACCAUUACCGCGAUACCCUUUUCUUAGAAUAAAUGUCGGGAAUACCAGUCGUGGAUGAUGAAACUUAAGAGUUCUAGAAGCUGUAAUGUUGGGGAUCUUGGCCACUGGACAAGGAUCCAAGUAUUACAGGUACUUUCCACAAUGGUGGCUUCGCAAUAGGAGUUCAAAAGCAUGAGGUACUUAGUUUCAGAAAUCGAUCCAUUCUCUUUGGGC